CAGACACCGCCCUGACUGCAAGGCCGUCACUCGGGCUAUCUCCUGCGCCCCGGCUGCUCCUUCGUGCCCGCACAUCUUUCCAAAUGCAUAGCUCGUGCCCACACCACCUUGCCGAUCGCGGCUACGUGUACAGAUGACUACUUGCAUUGCAUGGCGGGGCGGUCGAAAUUACCAAGCAGCCAGAGAAAAAGAAGUAAGGUGAUGUCAGUGGCGAGUGUUCCAUCUCGGCCAUGUGCACGAAAGACCAUGUAGUGUCAUGGUUGCAAGAUGUCCAUGUGUGCAAGUUCCGAGCAUCAAUCAUUCUAGCACAUCCGAGCGUCGAUGGUUCAGCCGCGACUCUACGAUUCUCGAAGAUUUCUAGCGACAUGACUUCCACCCUGUCACAUUGGAAGAAGCAUUUACACGGCAAGCAUGGGGGCGUUGGAGAGAGUGAUGAAUCACUCCUGAAGACAAGCCAGCAAGAAGAGGAAUUGCCUGCGCGGGCACGACGGCCAGAAAGACGCUGGACGUAUAUUCUGUCUCUGGCAGUGAACGUCUUCCUGUUUAUUGUACUCUUGAGUUUGACAAUAUCCUCACCCAUCGUCAAGACUGUCGACCUGUGCCAGCAGAUAUACACACCAGUGGAAUCUAUCGAUUAUUCUCUGACCACCUGGGAUCUUUCGGAGCCAAGUAUCGAGGAUGACUGGACGGGACCGGCAACGCCGGAGCGAAACAAGAGGUGGAAGGCAUUGCACGACGUCGGUCGCAUACGAUUGUCGAAAGACCAAGCUGCAAGGCUGCACAAUAAGACUGCAGCGGCACAAUACGGCCCGGGGGAAGACUAUCCCGUGCUUAUGAACGUAUUUCAUGAUCUCCACUGUCUGGACUCACUCCGCCUGAUGACUGCGUAUCUGCUGGAUAGCGAUCAUGGCUGGAACGCAACGUACAAUCCCUACACGCUUCCUUGGCCGAAUGACUUUCACGACGGACCACACUCCCUUGAUUACGCUUAUCACUGCUUCAACGCGCUGCGACUAUCAAUACAAUGCGCAUCAGAUGUGACGCCGAUAGUUUUCCAGUAUCGGCAGGAUCUUGACAUUGUUGUCAAUUCCUUUGCCGUGACACACACGUGCAGGAACUUUGACGCGAUUCGUUCAUGGGCUCUUGAACACUCUUACCGUGAACCAUUCGAGAGGGAUGGUCCGCGAGAUCAUCAAGGCUUAUGUAACCCCGAUGGUUGUUAGUCCGAUUUGCGCCCUCGAAGAUGUAUCGACGGAUGAGGGAGACCAAGAGGCCUUGAUGCAGUCAGCGAAAGGCCAGGCGUGCGAGGCUGAGCUUCAAAAGUCGGAUUCCGAUCGAGAGAGAGUCAAGUCCGAUAUGAACGCUGGGUUUGCAGGGCACGAGUUUAUCAGUUGGGUUGCGGCAAUACGAUGCACUUGAGUUGGUGUGUCGUCAGGCUGUGAAGCCAAAAUCUCUCGUGCUGAACCUGGCGUACAGGUGGAAGACCAUGUCAAAAAGAGAGGCGAACGCAGGGUUUAGAGGUCCCGAUAGCAGUCUAGUCGGCAUGGAUGGAAAUCUGAAUCAAUCUUGCAACCACAGCGGCAAAUUUGACCGAGAGUGUGAUGCUAUCUUGGACAAGUGUGGUCUCACAUUCUUCACCGCGAAUCCAGUUCGAUAAAGCCAUCACGGUCGUCGCGAGACAAAGCUCAGGAUUCUCGAGGACAGGUUGUGAAAAAU